AUGUCAAAAACAAAAUCAAAAACAUGUCAACCAUUUAUGCCAGCUUCUCAAAUAAAUUUUCUAGAACAAAGCGAACAAAACUUGGCCUACGACAUUGUCGAUGAACUCUUUGGUCAACAUGAUUCCGAGUCGUUGGUUGCCCCACAGCGGAGUAUACCCUCGAGCGAAAGUUACGUAGAUCAGCGUCUCAAGUACUGGAAAAUGAUGCUGCGGCAACGAAGAGCAUUGCAGAGAAAGCUAAGACUGGCCACUGGCAAACAGCCGGAGGAAUUGCUUUUUAAUCAUCCAACCAGCAUUGAACAUUCCUCCAAAGAACAAAUGAAACGGCUAUUGGAUCAGGCUAAGAGAAUUGAUAGAAAGGAGGCUGUCGAAAUUGUUGGCUUGCCUAGACGAGCAGCUACGGAACUUCUGGGCACUGAAAGUGCAAAGAGUGUGGUGAAAAGCAAAUGGCUUCAAUCCAAACUUCUUGAGGAUCAUGUGGAAGAGCAAUUAUCGAAUAUUAAAAGGGUACUUGAGUUUUAUCCCGAUACUAACAAUCUGGAGGUAGUGGGCAAGGGUAUCCAUGUUAGGCCAACGGGCAAAUUUGAAACGUGUCAAUCCAUCAGCAGCAGCACUUUGACAACGGAAACGGCACCAACUUUGAACGAUACGAUCAGUCAGAUGUCUACAGCUACAAGCAUUGGAGUUCGAUCGUAUCGUUCAAGGUUUUUGGAAGAGAACCUGGACAUCGCUCUACUUAUUAAUGGGAUGCCCUAUAAGCCACAAUCACCGGAGUUUUCACCCAAUAUGGAACGUAUGUUUGUGUGCAAUCCCUUUGAGAACAUUUUGCGUACUGUUAUGCGUAUCGAGAAUGUUGGUCGUGUAGCCAUUCGUUUUAGUUGGAUGCAGGCAGACUUCUUUGCCUAUAACAGUACACUUUUCGAAAUGCUGGAUGAUGAGUUCAUUUUCGAUACAUCUCCGUUUCAACUUCGUUUUGGUGAAACCCGUGAGGUUUCAGUACUCUUUCGUCCCCGCAAAGUAUCGAUUGUGAAACAGAGAUGGCUUCUGAUGACACGUCCCCGCAUUUUCUGUCAUCGUCCUUGCGCUCUUACACUUAAUAUGCACGGUCGUUGCACACCAUCGCCAGAGUACACCAAACUUCUCUUAGAUUACACAUUGGAUUACCUGCAGGAAGUGCGGAAAAGUAGUUUAAAAUUAUCAUUCGACAAGCUGCAAAUAAGUAAUAUCAUUAGUGAACCUUCGGCCUGUUCCUACCCUUAUCAACGAACUUUGGAAGAGCGAGAAGCUUUCAAUAAGCGGAAUAAAGGGUUUAAUUGUGCCACAUUUGACGAUAUGGAGGAGCUCAAACUGUUUUAUGAGCGCAUUAAACCAUACCCUAGAUACCCAAAAUGGGACUAUAGUGUUCGUUGGCUUAUCAACCUUGUGUGCCAACAUGACGAUAAGGCGGAACGUUUGCAGCUUUUCAAAGACUUGCAAAAUCUUCUUGGACGACUGCGUGGCAGAACUAAAACUCUAAAGGCUGGUGAUACCAAAGCUCGUCUAUGGGAACGUCAACACACAAGAUUUGUCUAUGUUCGUGGUGUGAUAGGCAAUGGUUUGGACAUAUGGGAGGAAAAAAUCUGCUUACUAGAGAAAUUGUUGCUCAAACAACGUUUGCAAUCUCAGAGGGCAGACCAAGAAAUGACAACCAAUGAGGCUCUUGUUAAAAAAGUCGAAAAAGAAUUACGUCACUCAAAUCAUUUUCGUCAAUCUAUAUAUCUUUUUUCGUAUAAUGUACUCUGUAAUUUGGCUGAAGAUAUAGUUUCCGUAAUUGAAAGCACUGAAUUGGUCUGAACACAGUAUGCCAA